CGUGAUUUGAAUCUGAAUAAAGCACACCAUUAAAAUUAAUGAAAAGAGAACAAAAGUUUGGCUACUUGGAGGUGUUCUGUGAGCAUGCACGACGAGCAAACUAACAGUUAUGUCAAGAUCUUCGCCAAUAUCAUUAUCGCAUUCAUUGGGGCAGGAAUCUUGGGCCUUCCUUAUGCUUUCAAAGAGGGUGGGCUAGUGGAAGGAGCAGUGAUCAUGGCUCUUAUUGGAGCAAUCAGUAUAAAGGCAAUGUUGUUACUGGUAGACUGCAAGGAUCGUAUACUCCUCUCCUCCUCCUACUCUCUUCUGAGAAGUCGCUCAAAUGGAAACAAGAAGAGUGAAAUUACAUUGCCGUCACCAGGUGGAUCCACACCUGCCAUAGAGUACGGAGAUGUUGGUUACGCAGCGUUUGGUGCUGUGGGCAAGGCCUUUGUUGAUAUUCUGAUUGUUAUCUCUCAAAUUGGUUUCUGCUGUGCUUAUCUCAUAUUCAUCUCUGAAAACCUGUACAGUAUCUUUCCAAUGUUUCCCCAGCUUGGUAUUCUGUUCUCUCUGCUGUUGCCCUUGGCACUGCUGUCUAAUCUACGCUCGUUGAAUCGUCUGGCCCCAUUUAGUCUGUUUGCUGACUUUGCCAACAUUUUUGCAUAUGGGAUAGUGUUCUAUUUCGACAUGGAACACUUCCACCUGAUCCAUAUCCAUAUACGGAACUAUUCGCUGGAAGGUCUGCCAUUUUUCCUGGGAAUUGCUAUCUACUGUUACGAGGGUGCUGGCAUCAUUCUCUCACUGGAAGGCUCGGUUGCCAAGGAGAUGAGAGGAAACUUUAGAUGGAUAUUCACAUUAUCCCUAGCCCUUGUGACUAUACUCUACAUCACUUUUGGUGUGUGUGGGUAUCUGUCGUUUGGUCAGGAGACAGAGAGCAUCAUCACACUCAACCUGCCCGGUGGAGCUUUCCCCUUCAUCGUUAAAGGUUGUCUUUGCUUCUCUCUGUUCUUCACCUACCCCAUCAUGAUGUACCCAGUGGCUCUUAUUCUGGAGAGGAUGUUCUGUAUCAAUAAGGACGCCGUUGACAGCAAUUCUGCCUACUGGAAAGGGAGUGUCCUCCGCACGGGCCUGGUGGUGGUGUCUGGACUGAUUGUGAUCCUGGUGCCUGACUUUUCCACGCUCAUGGCGCUGGUCGGCUCUGGAGCGUGUACUCUACUUGCGUUCAUCUUCCCCGGCAUGUUCCAUUGGGUCAUCUUCAAAGAGGACAUAAGUAAAGCUGGUCUUGCUUUCGACGUAUUCCUGAUCCUACUUGGAAUCAUAGGGUCAAUCAUUGGUAUCCGUGAUGCUCUAACCAGACUCUAUGAUGACUCCACCUCCACUCAUAAAGUUCAAGAUGUACUAACAACAAUGGACUAUCUUAACUCAACAAUGGCCAAUACCAUUUCUUCAACUUUAUCUUCCACUGUAGGCGGAACUUAAUGUUUGCAAUUUUAUAAUUAUUUAUGUUAAUUAACUGUGUUAGUUUGGUCUUGACACAACAAUGAUGAAUAUUUAAC